AUCAACACCGAGUACGACCCCAUGUUCAAUGUUUUAUCAUAACAAAGGUCAUUCCUAAUGAAUUUGGUAUGGUGGAUGCAAGUGCGUGGAUUAUAAUAUUUAAACGUUUUUAUGAAUGGAAUUUUUCGUUUCCGAUUUGUUCAUAUUAUUUUAAAAAAUUACAAUCAUUUUAGAAAAAUGAAGAAGUAACAAGACUGACUUCAGAGGUAUCUCAGUUAGAAGCGGAGUUGGAAAGUUCAAGAAAAGAAUUUGAACGUUUAUCGAAAGAGCAAGGUGGUAAAAAUGAGAGUUUACUCAAUGAAAUGAAGGAAAAGAACGAGAAAAUUGACGAAUUAGACAAGUAAGGGUAUUAUAGUAUGCACAUUCAGUACAGUUGAUUUCAGCUCAUUUUUUCAACGUCGUUGAAUUCGUUGCGAAGUUCCCAAUUACGCGUUCAUGGAAUUCCCAUGGAAUUGUAAUGCUGCAUUAUGUUCCUAGUGUAGGACUCAUAAGUAAAUGUUUGGUAAUUGACAAAACAAUUUGCAAGAUUUUGUGAAACAAAUUGUCGCUUAAUAUAUUCGCAUGGUAAUAAAUUAUUGUUCAUUUGUUUGUAACGUAUUCUACUUAGACAAUUACGAGAACAAGCAAAGAAAGUUGCCAAUACAAAACGCAAUCAACAAAUAGAGCGAGAACGUCAUGCAGCCGAAAUGAGUGAGAUGAAGCAACAGUUGGAUGACACUAAUGGAAAACUAAUUGAGAUGAAGGUAAAAUAUCAGGUCAUGUUAUAUAGACAGCUACCGGAUAUAAGCUCUCCUGCAAUUUGAUUGGCUCUCUAGUAGCAUAUUAGCUCAUAUCGUGCUAGUAGAGAAAACAAGAUGGCGACUCAAGAAUUACCGGAGUUUUGCGAACGAGAAAACAGCAAGUUAUUCGCUUUGUAUAGCCUUCAUGGGAAUAGAAACACAAUGAAAACACUCCCAGCAGUUGUUUACAAGUUAGCAAAUAAAUGUUUUAUAUUUAAACUGGUUAAAAAUAUAUGUUUUUGAAAAAUAAUAAUGCCAAAAGAGCGAAUAUUAAACAAGAAAUGUUUUGGAAAAAGGUGGCUCGAUACUAUUUUCAAAAAUUCAGGUGUUCAACACUUUGACAUGUUCAAACUACGCAUUUUUAUGAUUUAUUCAGCAGAUAUUGUUGUUUUUAUAUAUUUUGAUAUCUCUACUUUCAAAUUUUAUUAGUUUUAGUAACAGAUAGUUCGUUGCUAUGACGACAUACGCGUACGAAAUUCACUCCAAAAUGGCCUAUCGUCUCGUUUUGUUGGAAAAGAAGCAUGGUGACCCCCAAUUUUUUUUCUUGCAUUAUUUUACUUGGACGAAAAGCUAACAAUUAGCAAAAUAUAAAAAAAUUCUGUAAUGCCAUUUUUUUGGAAAAUGCAAAAAUGUCGUUUUCUUCGAUAAAAUUUUUUUGGCAUUACAGAAUUUUUUUAUUUUUUGUAAAAUGAAAGUUUUUAGCGGUGCAAUACAGCAUGCAAAAUUUGAACAUAGGUCACCAGACAAAAUAAAGAGAUAUAGCGCAUUGUUUUUCUAAAAUGGAAAAUUCUAAUGACGUCAGCAAUUGACAUAAAACACUAUAGAACACGCGCAAAGGCGUGAUAUGGCGCCAGCAACUGCUCACGUCAGGUCAUUUUGGAAGUUCUUUUCAUUUUGUUUAUCAGUUUCCGCGACCUGCGCGUAAAAAUGGUCACUCGGUUUUGAGUUCGCGAUUCUUGAGCAGGGUUUUUGUGAUAACUAUAUCGAGCCACCUUAAAAGCAAAAACUCUUUAUAGAAGUUAAGUUAACAAGCACUUGUUUUGUCUAAAAAUAUUCAAUAUAUAAAAAUUUCAAGUUUUAGCAAUGUUCCAAGUAUACUGAUUUAAAAAGCGAGCAGCAGUGUUUUCUCAGGUUUAGGCCAAGUUGUGUGGAUUGCCGAACUAAUUGUCAAAAUAUUGCCAUACAGAUGAGUGUGUAAAUGCCGUAGUUGUCUAUAUAAUAAAACAGUUAUUCUACUCACUCUCGUCGUAUAUGACUGAUACUCGGUGUUACGCACCUCGUUGGCUAUCAGCUCAUAUACGACUCGAGUUCACAGAAUAACUGUUAAUUAUAUAGACGUAUAAGUAUGAUAUUUAAGUACGAGCGGCCGUGUUAUAUUUAAUAGCGAGGAUACCCCAGUUCCGGUUUACGCGUACGAGUAUCGCCAUUUUGUUUACCAAUUUUUGCUGAUGUCAGCAUGUUUACCCGUAAUUUCUUCCCGUUUCAACAUCUUACCUAAAUAAAUCAGUGCACAUAUGCUCGUCAAAUACGAAAAAUACGAAUAUUACGUUUAUAUGAUGAUGAUGAAGACAACCUUUUUAUCAAAGUGUUUUGUCUAUAUAAUAUUUAAUGAAUAUGAAAACGUUUCCUCCACAAAUUUAAAAAUUAGUACCGAAUAACGUUCAUGGAACUGAGGCCGGUUUUUCAAACCUAGGCUGCAAGAACAGCCGCCCGAUUGCCUCGUACAGUUCAAACCUUAUUUAGAAAGUAAGCAUUAAACUGCUGUUUUAGUUUGUGUAUUUCUAAACUUCCAUUGAUCCAGAUAGGAUUUCUGGAAAACAUUUCUAUGUUUAUAAACAAGAUGUUGGGAAGUUUGCUCUGAUCGUUACCCUCGUUCCUGCAGGCAGCCAUGGAGCGACGCUACCUCCUUAGGUUAAGACGCUAACUCCAAAUUCAAAAUGUGCUCUUCAAACUGAGUUGAAUUAAGAAUUCUGGAGUAACAAGUGAAGACUUUGGAAUUCGCUAUCCUAACUUGUAGUGACUGGCUAACAACUCCAAAAAUCGGUGAGCUAGUUUUAUUUAAGACUAGUUUUAUCUAAGACUGGAGUUAAUGGCUGCGUCGGCAUAGACUAAGCUCCAUUUGAUUUUGAAGAUUGAUUAGCUGCAUGGUUAAUCUAGGAUUAGGUUAAUCUAGGAUUAGGCUAACCCAGGAUUAGGCUAACCCGUUAUCGAACAACUGCCCCUGAAUUACAUUUUGUCAAUUUAUGUCAAUAAAAUUCCAGUACACUCAGCCAAUAUGCAUUUUAUUGAAAUGGUUGCAGACAAUAAAUUGUGACAUUUUCUUGUGUUGGUGCAAUGUACUCAUUACAUAGAUAUCGAAGGAACUAGACUCAGUUCCGAAAUAUCACAUACUCGAACCGACCUGACCGCGUAGCUCAGUUGGUAGAGCAUUGGGCUAGUAUUCCAAAGGUCGUAGGUUCGAUUCCCACCGUGGCCAGGCAUAGUUUUCAUGUCUCCCCGGUGUGGAUAUACACUCAGAGUAACAUCGCAAACAUAAGACAAUAAAUUAUUUACUUUUCAUUAGAGCGAUGUUGAUGGCAAAACAGACCGUAUAGCAAUUUUGGAAGAAGCUCUUCAAGAAACUGUAAACAGUGUUUCUGAGAAUGAAAGAUUGCUUCAUGAACAAACUAACAAAAAUUAUGAAUUGGAAGUUGAACUGGCAAAUAUGAAAAUUGAAAAUACAGUGACGAAUACGAAGAAUGCUUCGCUAAUUUUAUCAUUAAGCGAAAGAGAUAUUGCGUUAUCGUAUUAUCGCAAUGACAAGAAGAAGAUGAUGGCUGAGGUCUUGGAAAUGAAGUAAGUUGUUGUGCCGAAAUGGAUGGUUCAUCAUGGCAAAGAUUAGAUACGAUAAAGAUGUGCCACUCUGCGAAAAUUAUGUCCGAGAUUUUUUUUAUAGCCGCCAUUUUGCCAGUAAGUGUCAAAUCCAACGCCAUCAGUCUCUAAAUAGUAAAAUCCAACGCCAUCAGUCUCGCCGCCAUUUUGGCAGUAAGUGAAAAUUACGGACACGCAAAUAUUAGGGAAAUACGUCGAGUGGCACAUCUUUAUAGUAUCUAAUCUUUGAUCAUGGUUCCAUUCUUUGCGCGCAAUCUCGCGUGCAUUAAUUGUGUAUUUGUAUCUCGUUCAGUUUAACACGUUGAAGUUCUCAUCUAUAGUAGAGUCCAUACGACGGCAAUGCAUUAUGGUGGAGAAUACCGCCGGUAGUUUUAAUGCAGACGAAAUAAAAAUAUUUGCCACGUUUGCUCUAGACAGUUUCAUUGGUGGGAAUCCACCCUAACAAAAAAAUGUUCGUCUCGUGUUUCAAAGCCUGAUCGUUAUUGGUUUGAAAAAAGUAAAUGGUUAAACGUAAUAUAUAACUCACGAUAACAUGCCAACCCAAAUCAGAUCGUAUUUGGUCAUUUUUUUAUCGCAAUGAUUCAAUGAAGCUGUCAUUUGACAGCUAAAAGCCUGAUCUUUAUAAGUAUAGGUAAUCAUGCGAUGGCGAGUACAAUUAGAGAUUAAUAGUACGAGUGAUGUUUGGAAAUUUCCAAACAUCACGAGUACUAUUAAUCCCUAAUUGUACGAGCAACAUUGCAUGAUUACUUGUUUAUUAUUAGCAUGACAAAAUUGGAUACUUUUCAAUGUCAACAUUAUAUUCUUUCGCCAAAGCCCAGUCCUGCCAUACUUUCAACCAAAAUUUUGUGCUUUUGUUCGUAUUUUCAUUUAGUUCUUUUGUUAUAGCAAAAUUUGUUGCUUUUGUUCGUCUUUUCAUCUUGUUCCUCUAGGGCAAUUUCAUUUCACAUCUGUGUUUAAAACACCUUUCCGCCAUUUUGUUUGUUUUGGGAAAAUCAUUAAUUGUACUGCAGUACAAUUAAUGAAAUAAUUGUACUCCUCUCAACCAAUCAGCAUCCAGUAAUUUUGUCAUGCUAAUAAUAAAUACGAAAACAGAAAGCCUGUAAACGUAACACACGAUAACCUGUCAAAGUUGGAUUACCUUUUUUUAUACAAUAAAUAUGAGAGCCCAACAUAUAACUUUUAACAAAGCCAUUAAAACAGUUUUAAAAGAUUGUAAAGAAUUUUAAUUGUAACGUUUCGUCUUUAACUUAAGACAUCUUCAGACUAGAUAAAAUUACACGAGAUGUGAAUAUAUAUAAGCUAAUUAUAAUCUAUUUACAAGGUGUUAUGUUACUAAGGAUAAUAAAGGAUAAGAGGGUGUACGUAAGACAGGACGAUACAAAUGAGGAAACAAAACAGACACAAGAAAACGGCAAAUUACAGAAGGUUAAGCGGAAUAGAGCUACCCUGGACGUUAAGAGUAGGUUUGAGUUUAGAUAUAAAAAGGCUUUCGUGAAUCAAUAAUUCACAAGUGUCUGAGCAAGAGGAAAGAAUUUUGAAGUCGUCAAAGUUGGUAGAGUGCCCUGUAGUAUUUAAGUGAGAGAAAAUACUAGACAUGACUGGACUGGAUGACGGUUGGCCUGUUAUAUACACCCUGUAUAUGAACAUGUCUAUUUUCUAUGUCCAAUUUUCAUGUCUAUAACUCCAUCGGUAUUUAACUGUCGUGCAGCACUGUCACAGAGUAAUGCAUCGCAUUAACCAGUUAUAAAUCAGCAUUUUCCCAAUAUUAAAAAUAAAUUAUUUUGUUUUGCAGGCAAAACGCUCUUCUUGCGACAAUAUCGGAAAGAGACACCAACAUCGCCAUAUUGGAACAAAAUCCAACAAUUCAAGGAGAGCAAGAAGUUAGAAAAUUGAAGGGAGAAAAAGAUCACUUGGUCGAUCAACUUAAACAACUGGUAAGGUUGAAGGAUCUUGUAGAUGGAAGUUAUCGGGUGGAAAUUUAUAUACAUUUGUUAGACCUAACCAGGAUCCUUCAAUUAUUAUUCAAUCGAGUGAGAUGCUAACAAAAUCAUGAACUGAUAAGGUUUUGUAAGAUGCUGUAGUUUUGUCAAAACCUGAAAAGAUUAAAACACUGGUUUCUAGCCCUUCGAUCGAGGACUGUCUCAUGCAAACAACCAACUGAUACAUAAUAGAUCAACGACAACUUAUUAUAUGUCAGUAUUUAUACUGCAUCCCUAUGUUUGAGAUUUUUAAGUAUUGUUAUUUGAGAUGGUAACUUUAUUUUUAGAAUCAAAAACGUGUUCUUAUUCUGAGUGAUGACGACAACAUGACAGUGUCAAAAGAAUUGUCUCAAGGAACAAACGAAACGGUGAAUAAUUCCUGUAUAUGUAAAUUCCCUUCACAUUUGUUUGCACAAAUGUACAACAUUAUCCCUUUAUCAUCAUCAUCCCGUUUGUCCCCUCAAGGGGGGGGGGUCGGGUCGGGUCGUCUCGAUACCUUACUCCACUCUACUCUGUCGUUGACUUUGUCCAAAUCCACCACUCUCCCAUCAUCCCGAACACAAUCCAUCCAUCGUUUUCUUGGUCGACCCCUACUCCUUGUUCCUGGUUCCUUACGCUCCAUUGUCCAUCUAACAAGCUUUUUGACUUCCAUUCUCUUCACGUGCCUGUACCAUCUCAGUCUACUUUCUCCAAUCUUCUCUCUCAGCUCUAUCACCUUCAAUUCCUGUCUUAUGCCUAUACGUUUCUCAUUCUUUCUCGUCUUGUUACACCUGUGUUUUCAGUCUAAUCGGCAUCCGUUUAUCGUGUAUUAUUCCACUUACACUCCUCCAUGUAUUCCCUGUACCCUGCAAUCUUGCCUGUAAUCUCUGUCCAAAUAUCCACUCUCGUGUUACCAGCUUCCUUGGUAUAUGAAGGCUGUUGUUUGUUUCAGUUGCUGUACAUCCACUAUAAUCUCCAGCCUUGGCACUGGUUGCCCUCUUGAGACUUCUAGUACUUCCGCCUUCUUCUUGCUCAUCCUCAUACCACCAGAUGAUCUUGAAUGAUACGCGGAAAAGUACUGGCACUAGUUGUCAAAUAGAAAUACAUUUUAUGAUUAAAACAACUGAAUAUCUCCUGUAAUAUACUUUAUUUCGAUUCCAUAUUUUUGUCAGAGCUAUAGUUCUCAUAACCAAACAUAAUUACAAAAUUUCAACUAGUUUCAUAAAGAAUAACGAAAGAUAUAAUUGACUGAAUACGUCAAAAUGGAUUUCUAUUCGGACACGAGAUCACCUGGCAUGUACUGCCAGUUUGUUGUCCCACAUCUCUACUGCUUGUUGUAAUUCCUCUGUCAUUUUGGCGCCCAUAGCGAUGUCAACAUUAUCCCUUUAUCCAGUCUUUUAUUAUAUUGCUAGCAAUGUUGCAAUGCAAAAUUGUGUUGUUGAGUUUCCGAGAAAGUUGAACUCUAUCCACAGGCAGCCCAAAAUUCGUGGUAUUUGUCUCUUGGAAAAGUUUUGAAAGCGCGCGUAAAAAAUACGAGUCUAUUUUGUUAUGACAAGGUUGGCAAGAUUUUUAACGGAAAUUUAUUACAACGUUUACUAAAGUAUGAAUAUUUCGCAAAUUGCAAGCAAAAACAAUAUAAAAUCUACAUCAUUUCAAACACUGGAAUUAAUUUUACUAAGUUCUUCCACGAAGUUUUAACUUCAAAAGUUCAUUCUAAGGAUGUUAGAAAAGCGAAUUCUUUUCGGGUUUUUGACAAAACUUUGUCAAAACUAUGCUGGGGUCACCCACCCUUUAGUGAUGUCAUAUUUUUUAAAUGUUCAGGAAGCGCUGAUUUAAAUCUUGAAGAAGCGUUUCGUAGUGGAAUUCGCUUUUUUGACCUUUUGAAGUUAAAACUUUGGGAGAACGUAGAAAUGAUGUAGAUUUUUUAUUGUUUUUGCUUGUAAUUUGCGAAAUAUUCAUACUUUAGUAAACGUUGUUAUAAAUUUUCGUGAAAAAUCUUGCCAACCUUGUCAUAAUAAUAAACAAAAUAGACUCGUACAUAUAUAUGCACGCUCGAGAAUGUGAAAGAUUUUCACGCGCGAGCUUUCCAAACCUUUCCAAGCUAUGAGACCACAUAAAAGAGACAAAUGCAUUUUUGGGCUGCCUAUACUCUCUCUGUAAUUUGCCUCGCAAUAUUUUGGAGAACAAAAAAAUCACGAAACAGCCUAUAAUCUUUCCGAAAGAUUUUUCCGACAGAUUGCGUCGUGUAAUAUACCUUUAACCCGAAAUUUCUAUUCUAACCCCAGCCUUAUCGUAAUGCUAUAUUUCUAUAACCAGUCUUGCAUCGAUCUUGCGUUGAUACAUAAUAGCUCAUCCUCUUUCAUCCUCCAUCAUUGCCUCAUCCAAUAUAUAAGAAGUUAGCAAUGUGUUUAUAUCUUGAUCACAGUGACUCGACCCAGGGCUGGAUAAAUAAUUUUCUUCCUGGGAGCACAACCUGGAUGAAAAUCAAUUGAUCAAUUAAUGUGCAGAUGAUGCAGAUCAAUUGAUGGCCUGACCAUAGUUUGAAAUUCAGGGAACGAUGUCUGUCAUAUGUUGUUGGACCCAGAGUGGAACAUAUGUGUUAAUGUUUCCUUUAAAUUUUCAAGUGUCAAAUCUUAAACAUUUCCUGCAGCUGUUUAACAUUCCCUGCUGGCGGUACUCUCGUGCUCGACUAUUUUUUCCUGACUCUAUAACAAACGUACUUGCAGGGAGGUGAGUCCAGGAUUGGACGCACCGAAGGUGGCUGGAAGUUUCCCGAACUUACCGAGCGAAGCGAGGUGAGUUCGGGAAACUUCCAGCCACCCGAGGUGCGUCCAAUCCCGGACUCACCGAACCUGCAAGUACGUUUGGUUUUUAUCCCAUACACCAAGCCAUACACACAUUUGUAGCUCUUCGCGAUAUAUUCGUCGAUGUUUUGUGAACAUUUUCCCGGCCAAAAAAAUCACUGGGCAAGAAAAUACUUCUUUAGCUACGUCUACAUUACCUUUAUUGCAUUUUUUCUUUGGUUUUUCUUCAGUCUCAGUAUGUUAGUCACCGAAAAAAGUUCUUUAAAGUUUAGGUUUAUCGGCUAAAUCUUGUCCGCCAUAUUUGUUAUUGUUAUUGCAACGUAAGCAGUUUAGCGGGUGAGUUCGGGCGAAAAGCAGGUGAGUUCGGCAAAAGCAGGUGAGCUCGACGACAAGCUCACCUGCUCUAAACCAAUCGGAAAGCCGCUUUUAACACAGGUAUGGGAUAAGAUCUAUAUUCGGAAAUGGCCUAUUGCCGCAUUUGAAUCGCUGUUGGAAAGGAAUGCAAAACAACAUUUUAUCGUUUUAUUAAUAGAAAUGAAUCUUUAAUAGAUCACCGAAACAUGGCUACUGUUGGUUCUUUCAUCUUGUGAUAUUCUAAAAUAAAUGCAUGCGAUGUCCUGUUCGAAAGGAAACGGUUUAUUCAAGUGCGUAAUUUUCAAUGUGUUUUAUUUAUGUUUACUCCAGAUAACCGAAUCGUUGCUGUUGUUAGAUUCCAAUACAGAGAAAUUGUUGUGUUACAUGAAUAGUUUGUCAGAAGUAAUGAAAGAACAUUAUAAAGAUAUCUAUAAAUCAUUACCACGACCACCAUCAGCAAGAGAAAGCAAGUUGUUAACUAACGAUGACGCUACACAUACCGAGGUAAGGAGUUACAAAAUAUAUCUUUAAAGUUAAUAUAAUUUUUGGUACAACCCCUAAUAUAAUUUUUAGUAUAACCCCUAAUAUAAUUUUUGGUUUAAUUCCUAUUAUUAUAUACACAAGGUCUGGAUAUGAGGUAUUCUGCAAUCUGAUUGGUUCUCUACUAGCAGGAUAUUAGCUCAUAUCCUACUAGUAGAGAAAAACAAAAUGGCGGCUCAAACUGAAUUUCCGAUUUUUGCGAACGAGAAAACGGCAAGUUGUUCGCUUUUUGUAGCCUCUACAGGAUUAAAAAAACAAUGAAAAAAUUCCCAAAAAUUGUUUACAGGUUAGCAAAUGAAUUUUUAAAAUUUAAAAUGGUUAAAAAUAUAUAUUUUUGAAGAAAUAAUCGGCCGAAACAGCGAAGAUAAAAACAAAAACAAAAUAGAAAAAUAUUGAAAAUAUCCGAAAAGCAAAGUCUGUGCAUUCAGACCUUGUCGAAUAUGAGCGAUAGCCGAUUCGGCGCUACGCGCCUCAUCGGCUAUCAGCUCAUAUUCGACUUGAGUUCGUAGAAUAACUGUUAAAUAUAAGUUUUGGUAUAACCCCUAGUAUAAUUUUUUGUAUAACCCCUAAUAUAAUUUUUGGUAUAACCCCUAAUAAAAGUGUUUACUGUAAGGAAACGGCUGAAGCUAUAAUAUAGGGGAUUUUGCUGCUUUUUUCCUUGUGUCAAGACCAAGUUACGUGAGUUUACACUCUCGUAAUCCUCUACACUUUUUACUAGAACUUCGAAUACUAUUUCCAGUCUGUCGAGUUCAAGAAGUUAAUACUUCCUUGAGUUUACUACUAGCUGUCAGUCUAUAAUUUUUAAGUUUACAUCAAAUCAAACGGCAUAACUUUUUUCGGGACACCCGGUAUAUAAUAUGCAAACCCGAAUCAUGGGUAUUCGUCUAUACGUUCUAUUUAAAGCCGCCCCUGAGCCGUGGGAGGUUCUACUGAUUUAACCAUCCAGAUAACGCAGGGUUCUGCCCAGGUUCAUGUGAGUGCCAGGUACUUAAACUUAUGACCUGCCGUGCGCCACCCACCCAACGAAAAAUCUUUGAAAUUUUUUUGGGCUUGCUUGAAAUAUUUUUGGGCUUUACUAUUGCUAAUGAUAAUGAUAAUUGGAGCAACUAAAAGUGAAAUUGUAUUAAAUGAUCUGACAAGCAACAAUAUAAUAUAAAUCGUAUCUUACAAUUAAAUAACUGACACUAUUAUUGAUAAUUGGCUGUGUGAUUGUGUAAUAUGAAUAUAAGUUCUUUGUAUGUUUGCAUGGUGAUAAAAUAUAAUAGUUUUGUUUGUGGAAACACCACGUAAAUUUAUUACUGCAAUAAACUGCAAUAAUAAAUUUACGUGGUGUUUCCACAAACAAAACUAUUAAUAUGAAUAUAAUUAAAACAAAUAUUAAAGUAUAAUGACUAAACUUGUGCAUGAAACAUGUGUUGUCAUUGUUAACAACUUACAGACUACUGUAACAUAAAAUCAUUAAUCAACAAUUAAAAUACAACUGAUACUGGUAGUUUACCAAAUUAUUAACAUUAGUUUACAGUUGAUUUCACGAAACUUUGGCCACGCCAAUUGCGAAGUUGGUUGGGAAUUUGGGAACUAUAAACACGAGAUCAUCAAGUUGAUUGGAAACCGGCCAAUCAAAUUCGGAAGUUUCGCAUCAAAUUAUCGAAAUUCGUUAUGAAAUUCCGAACCAAGUUCGCAAGCAAGUUCGCAAAUUGCAAACAAUUUUGACGGUAAAUUUUAAAAACUAAAGGUAUUGUAUUAAACUUAUUCAUUUAAUAAUAAAUAAUAUCAUAAUAAUAAUUUCAGGUUUAAAAUUAUAAUAAGUUUAAUACAAUAAGUUUACCGUCAAAAUCGUUUGCAAUUUGCGAGCUUGCUUGCGAACUUUGUUCGGAUUUCAUAACGAAUUUCGAUAAUUUGAUGCGAAACUUCCGAAUUUGAUUGGCCGGUUUCCAAUCAACUUGAUGAUCUCGUGUUUAUAGUUCCCAAAUUCCCAACCAACCUCGCAACUGGCGCGGCCAAAGUUUCGUGAAAUCAACUGUAAUAGUCCUUAGGGACUGGUCAUAAAGUAACUGCUAGGGUGGGCUGGAAGAAAAUCACAAAUUUUGCCAAUAAGUUCGGUGACCCAUCUUAGGAUGUAGAUUAAAAUUUCAAAGCCCAUCUAAUCUUACAAAAAAAUUUUCAUGACCCACCCAAUCUAAAUUGGGAAAAUACACUUUUAUAAUAAAAAAAAACUUGCGGGUAUGAACAUUGUAAAUAUACACGGCAUGCACUGUAUUGACAUACUUAAUUCCACCAAGCUUGACCAACACGUUGAUUCUGAGCUGCUCUCCAGUUGGUUGUAUUUGCUGUGAUUCGACCACUUCUUGUUGUUGUAUAAACAAAGUACUGGCUUCAAUAGCACCAUUUGCAUUUGAUAAUUUGGAUAGUUUUUUUACUUUUAUUAUUAAUAUCUUUAUUUUUUGAAGUAGACAUGCAUGGGUUUUUGUUUGGUGGCCCAACCGUGGACAUACAAAAAAAUUGGCGGCCCAUCAAAACUGCCCAAAGAAUUUCCAUGGCCCAUCCCAAAUCACUCCAGCCCACCCUAGCAGUUACUUUAUGACCGGUCCCUUAAUUAUUGAAUUUUUUCGUAUUGCGUAUUUGAAAUUAGUGCCGGGCGGAAGGAUCCAUUUGGGUGUUAGUGCCGAGCGCCACUGUCUGUAUGCCGGGUGUCGCCAUCGCCACUUGUGAGCAUAUAACCCUGAAAUAACGUUAAGAAAAUUAUACUUUAUUGCUUGUACAAUAUACUAUUAUUGUAUAAUGCGUGCGUCCUUUUUUUGUAGACUAAAGUUUUACCAGGCAGCUGUUCGGCAGCUGUUCUUCAACAAUUCUCUUCUGGAGAACUUAAAUUUGAACUAAAUUUCCGAUGUUUGCCAAUUUUAAAGCCGUAAAAUAGAAGCUCAGUCAGUGCUUUUGUUGUGAUUGACGAUGCUGUAAAUUUAUAAAUGUUUCUUUCUUUAGCUUGUGAAGGAAGUGGAAUACCAAGUUUCGUUCAUGCAAUCCGUGCAGAACUAUGUUGAGAUUAUGCUUGAAAGUUUGGAAGAAACAGAACUUGAUCAUGAAAACGAUCUUGAAAGUAUCCAUAGUUAGUAAUCA